AUAUUUUUUGUAUAGCACUAUAAGGAAGUAUUUUGUAAUUCAUUUCCAUAUGAGGUCAAGUAGAAUUAGAUACGAUUGUUUAGUAAUAUUCUGCAUGUUAAACACCUUUUUGGAAUCCACAAAUCAUGAUACUGCACAGUUUGGAGGAGGCUUUUUAGACAAGGCAAGUGCUGUAUUGUUGCAAUAACUAUGUAUACUGUAUAAGGUGUCCCAAACUUAUUUAAACCAGAUAAAUUGUAAAUACCAAUGAGACAUUAUGAAGGUAUGAUUUGGGUUCGAUUUACCCAUCAGUUAUUUGAGUUUACUAAUUGGGGUGUACUGUACCCCAAUGAACAGCAGCAUGAUGUCCCUUCAGUGUAUCUUGCUACGGAAAAGUGGGCCUUAUUUUAAGCCGGAAUAAAACCAUUCAAUAAGAAAAGUAAUCUUUGUGAAAUUUCUUUACAGCUCAAUCAUAUUUCAGACAUAGAUAUUUGGGCCACUUCUUUUGGCUCACUUGUUUUAAAACCACAGUUUGGCCAUAUAAAGUUUAUCAAUUACACCUAUAGCCUCACAGCUUUGGAUGGAAACAUGCUUGGUAUUAAUUUUAGCGGGGCUAAAUUUUAAAUUUUUGAUCACUUUCUUAUAUUACAUAUUACUGGUCCACAUUCUUCUAUUACCAUUCAAUGUCAAAAUAACAGAGAAUAGGUUUGCCGUAUCAGGAUCAUCUAAUACAAGGGUCUCCAAACUUGGGAACUAAGACUUGUGGACUUCAACUCCCAGAAUUCCCCAGCCAACAUUUCCAAUUUCUGCUUUUGAAAACCGGAAUGCUCUCUCGUCCCACGGAUGCCGUUUCUGCACAUUUAUAUUUAAAAAGACCAUCGUGGGCCGCACAAUCAAAGAUUGGAUGCCUGCCUUAUUGUAGGGAGGCAGGUGCUGUUCAAUUGCCAAUGCUUAGCAGGGACCUUAAUCUCAAAAUGGGACAUGAUUUCAAUUUGUCUCUUAAACCGGCGCCUGCCUGUAAUUAGAAAAAAUGGGGAUUCCCUUUUUUUGUUCUUCCUGCAAGGGCUGCGGGAAAGGGGGCUACCCAGCGAUCACCGUCCGCUCCUCCGCUUGUUGUCUUUAGCAAUGACGGAGGCGGAAUUCCCGUAGCCGCAGCCAGUCGGGAAGAUGACGGGCGCUAGAGGAGACGCGGCCCUCGCCCGCUGCGGCAAGCCCAUCCGCCUGCCCCUUCCCAUCCGGGAGGAGGUCCCCCGCACCUCCCCCGGAGAAAGCGAGUCUUUCUCGGCCGGCGGCCCAAGCGGCUUCCCUCCCGCACGAGAAGCUCACCGGCGCCCUUCCGUCCCAGCCCGACUCCUGGCUGGAAAGGGACAGCUUCGCGCGCCCACAUUUGGCCGCCCUCGGCUGCCGUCUCCGGGGGUGGGGCCGCUUCCGGUGGUCCUGCCGCUUCUUCCCCCACGUGGAGGGACCGAGGCGCCAUGGCGGCCGCUCCGGCCCGGGUGCUGCUGGGGCUGCGCGACGCCGCCGUCCCGCCGGGCAGCGAGGGCCUCCCGUCGCAGGGCACCGCCAGCAAGCUGGGCGGGUCUCCGGAUUGGAGGCUCUCGGUCCCUGUGAUCCACCUAUCCUGUGAGGUUUGCUGUGCUGGUUUGCUGCACGUGGUGCAAAUCUAUUGUCCCCUUGAAGGCUCCCAGUACCACCGGGUCAUCAAUGUAUUUGCUUGUGCCAGGAAAAGCUGCUGGGGGAAUUCUGAAAGCUGGAAGGUGUUACGAUCCCAGUAUUUGCAAAUCCCAAGAAAAGAAAUACAAGACUGCACACGGAAGCAGGAGCAAGAACGGACACAAGCAGCCACCGACUGGUGCAGUGGAGCAGAUGAUUGGGGAGAAAACGGUGAAGAGGCACCUUCUGAGCUGUCUGCGACUUUCCACUCUUUCCCCAGAGAAACACAAUGUGCAGCUCUAUUGCAGAGGAUGAGCCUGGGAAAGAACAUGGGGGAUUUUCCUGACAUGACUCAGGAAGAGCCAAUCAAGCCCUCCAGCUGUGCCCAGGAGUUCCAGCCCUACUACAUCAGUGUAGUGGAGGAAGAAGACUAUCUCUGUUGGGAGGACUUGGAAGAUGCCCAGAGGCUUCUAAAGGAGUAUCAGCAGAGGGAGGAUGUGGAUUUGGAACACUUGGUGUCAGCAAGUUAUGCCCCUGAUGGUUCUGGUGAGAAGUAUGAGAAGAGUGAAGCUGAAAAGAGAAACCAGAUAUUCUACAAAUUCAUGAAAAGAAUUUCCUCCUGCCAGGAACAGAUCUUAAGAUACUCCUGGAAUGGCCAACCUUUAUUUAUUACCCAACCAUCUGCAGACUUCCAGACAAGAGUCCCACCCUGUAAUAACUGCAAAAGUAAGAGAAUCUUUGAAUUCCAACUGAUGCCAACUCUAGUCAACAUGCUGAAGACCAGGGAAAAUGAUACAUCCAUAGAAUUUGGAACUGCAGUAGUAUACACAUGUGAGAAAAGUUGUUGGACAGCAGGUUGUUCUUCACCCUUGGAAGAAUUUAUCUUCGUACAAGAAGAUCCAGACCAGAGAUUGUUUAAAUAGAUUCUGUUUAGUUCUUUGACUGAAGGCACACAAGAAGAGUGAAGCAGAUAAGAAGCCCUGUAUUUUAUCCAAAAGAGAAAUGUUGGCUUCAACUGGUCCUACCUGCCUAACCUUGUCCAGGCUCAAAUGCGCACCCACGCGUGGCUCUGUAAAGCCCUUUAUGUUGGAUUGCUGCCUCUUCCCACUACAGCUGGGCUGACCAUUCUGAUGCAAGGAGAAGCAGCUAUUUGUUCCCAAUUUCCUGGAGGCCAUGGGUGUAGUCCUGGAGGCACUGCCUUUUGGUGUGGGAGUUGCCCUUCUAGAAUGGCCUUAACAGGUUCAUUUUUCUGUCUCACAUUUGGUCUGCCUUUCAGAAAAAGCUUUUCCAGGCGGCUUUUGAGACCUGCUAUCCUAUGUUGGGCCUGGGUUUUAUUGUAUUUUUCGGAGUAUAAGAAGUCGCCUAUACCCACAAUGGGUGAAGAGGCGUCAAGUACAAGUACAAG